CCCCUUGGAGGACAUGUAGACACAAACGCGCACGGGACUCCUCGCUCGCCCGUAUCCACCGUUUAGGAGUAAUCCAGUUGAAUUCUUGAAGCAAUAACAUCAACUCCUCGGCGACAAGAUGAAAGUAUCCAGCGUAGACUGCCGGCGUCUGAGGAAAAUCAUAAAGAAGGAGAGCGGGAGCUGCCUUAUAGUGGAUUGCAGACCUUAUCUCUCAUUCACGAACUCCAACAUCAAAGGCUCUGUCAAUGUCAAUCUCAACUCAGUGGUGGUGCGGAGGUCCCGAGGAGGGCCGGUGCCUCUGCACUUUGUCAUCCCGGAUGAGAGAUCCCUGCUUCGGCUGCGGGAGGGGAGCAUAUCGGCUAUCGUAGCGCUGGAUGACCGGACGUCCCACUGGCAAAAACUGAAGAAGGACAGCGUAGCACAAAUAGUAAUAAACACUCUCUCUCAUCUCGCGAGCGGGGUGAACAUCUGUUUCCUCAAAGGAGGAUACGAGAACUUCUACUCUCAAUACCCUGAACUUUGCACUGAGGUGAAAACCAUCGACCAGAGCGGAACUGAAACCGAGAAAAGAGUCAACAGCAACAGCGAGAAGCUUUCUCACCACAAACCAGAUUACGAUCAGGGUAAACCUGUGGAGAUCCUGCCUUUCCUCUACCUCGGUAGUGCCUAUCACGCCUCCAGACAGGACUAUCUAAGCGACCUUCACAUCACAGCCUUGCUCAAUGUGUCGCGCAGGGACCUGCAGCCGGCCAAGGGCCACUACGACUACAAGUGGAUCCCGGUGGAGGACAGCCACAUGGCCGACAUCAGCUCCCAUUUCCAGGAGGCCAUAGAUUUUAUUGAUCACGUGAAGCAAUCAGGGGGAAAGGUUCUGGUCCACUGCGAAGCAGGCAUCUCCCGCUCACCCACCAUCUGCAUGGCAUACAUCAUGAGGACGCAGCAGCUGCGGCUGGAUGCGGCCUUCGACAUCAUCAAGCAGCGCCGGGCGGUCAUCUCACCCAACUUCAGUUUCAUGGGUCAGCUGCUGCAGUUUGAGUCAGAGGUCCUCUCCAUGGCCCCGGCUCAUGCCGCCACGCCCGAACCUGCCACACCCUGCGCCCAGGAGUCCGCCUUCUUUUUUGCCAACGACUUCAACACCAAAAACUUUGAGCCAUCCGUGUUCACCCUCCCUACCUCUUGCCUGCAGGCCCCGGUCCACCACCAGUUAAAACUGAGCCCAAUAACUGCACUGCCUUAAAAUGAACCGUGACUGCUUGUAGUCUUACUUGAAUAAAAAAGUAAUGGUCUCUGUGUGCCUGGUGUUGAAACCAGCCGAGCAGAUGGACAGAAACAGAAGAGUCAAGAUAAUAGUGUUCACUUCAUGAGACUUGAAAACUAUGGGGUAUAGACAUUGAUGUUGUUCUCCUGUCUUCUGAACUGCUUUGAUGAAACGACACGUUACAGUGAUGAACUGCAAUAUACAUGCCUUAGGUUGAUAUUGUGAUUCAUAUUCACAAAUACAGUCAGGCAUUUAAACCUAAUUUAUUUGAAAAUUAGUCUGUCUGUCUGAAUUUUUUCAAUAAUGUGGAUGUUAAUAUGUGUUUAAUAAAUGUUUUCACCACAAAAUUAACUCUUGUUGUCACGUCAUCAUUCUAGCAUUAUGUUUGAAGAGUUAUAGGCUAACUGGGAAGUCAAACAGUGACACCUGCAGUGACAGAGACUGGCAUAUGACUAGCUUCUUCAUCGUCAAGUGUAACCCAGUGCAAUCUAAACAAACUAUUAAUGGAAACAAAUGAAAACCAGCCACAGGUGAAGAAUUUCAGUCAAAAAAUUGCUUUUUGAAACAGUGACGUUCAAGAAUAAAACGUGUAGAUGUGAGGAGUAUCAGUAAACAGCAGUCUUUG